GGCGAGGAGCGGCCCCGCAGCGCUGGCUCGGUGAGGAGGAAUGCGGGGUCUGCCUGAGAAAAACGGGAGUAGCGACGCCCGGUGCCAGACGAAGAGGAGCGGCCGGUCCUUGGUUUACUAUCUUGCAAAAUUACCCAGAAGGGUGAAGCUUGGCCUCUUCAGAGGGGUGAACAGCUUUAAACUGUGCCAUACUGAAGGAGCUGGAGUGCAAGUGUCAGCAGUAGAGGUGAACACCCCGGAGGAGAUGUUUGUGGAGAAUGGGACGGACGCGAAGCUCCCGUGCACGUUCACAUCUGUAGAAGUGAUCAGCAGUGCAGCAUCUGUGUCCUGGAGCUUCCAGCCAGAGGGAGCAGCCACUCGUAUCUCAUUUUUCUAUUACUCUAAUGGGAAGUCAUACCCUGGAAAAGACAUACCAUUUAAAGACAGGAUCACUUGGGCUGGAGAUCUUAACAAGAAAGAUGCUUCUAUCACAAUAUCAAACAUGCAGUUCCGGGACAACGGCACGUAUAUUUGUGAUGUCAAGAACCCACCUGACAUUGUUGUCAAACCAGGAGAAAUCCGAGUUAGAGUUGUGGAGAAAGACAGCCUGCCUGCGUUCCCCAUUGCCACCGUGGCGGGGAUAGCCAUCGGUACGGUUACAGGGCUCUCAUCGCUCAUCUCUAUUGUCGUGUGUCUUGUCAUCAGAAAGAACAACUCUAAAAAACGAUACUCUGGCUGCAGUACCUCUGAGAGCUUGAUGUCUCCGGUUAAGCAAGCUCCGCAGAAGGCGCCCUCCGACACAGAGGGCCUGGUAAACAGCGUGCCCGCCCGAUCACACCAGGGCCCAGUCAUUUACGCGCAGUUAGAUCACUCCGGGGGACAGCACAGCGACAAGAUCAACAAGUCAGAGUCUGUGGUCUACGCCGACAUUCGGAAGAACUGAGAUCCUCAGCUAUCCAAAGGACAACACACAUUCAGACUGGAAUUUCUUGAGCAGGAUUUGACCCAGAGAACUCUCACAUGUGGCCUUUGAUGCCUAGGCUAGGACCAAUGCAUGUGCAUACAGAGGGAGAGAUAUAUAUGUAUUGUGUGUAAAUAGUCUAUUUAAUCGUACAGAAGUGAGACCAAUGUUGCAUGUUGAAAUGCGGUAAGAGUUUUGCUUAUAAAUUGCCAAUAUUCUUUUUUUUUUUGUAUCUUGUGUGACGAGAGAGAAAGCGAAAACUCGCAUCACAAUUUUAAAAUAUUUUUAUCUUGAUUAUUAAUGGAGAAACUGGAAGAUACCUAGAUUGACCUGGAGAUUCUUUUUUUUCUUUGCUUUUAGGGCUUAAUUUCUUUUGUUGAGGUGACUAUAAAGAAGACAUUUUCUUUAUAUUCAGAAUUCUUUAUGUAUACAGGGUAUUUAUCUUUCCUUGGUCAGAUUCUCAGUACAGGCUGCCUUCUCGUGUAAACUAGACCCUCUCACUUGGUCAUGUAAGCCAAAUUGUGACUCCUAGCUAUCAGAAAUGUAUGUCUUAGCAGUGUGAGUGAAGGAAACCUUUAGGCCUACCUGACCUGUGUAAUGUGGGUCACAAAACUGUUUACUUCUCAAUGAGCCCAGCUAUUCAAGCUUAGUCCUUUAAGGGACAGGGGUAGUGUUGAUCUAAUUCUGUGAAAUGGUAGUUUACCUGUGAAAGCAAAGGAGAGAGUGAGUUAAAGGCAUAGGAGGAUGUAGCUGUAGAUGGUUACCUCAGACUCUGUUGAACCUUUCAGUGAAAUAUUUCUUCCUCAAAGCUCUGUCAUUUCAUGUGUUAAAAAGGGCUCCAAGGGCUCUGGAAGCUGUAGUACUCCCAUACCUCUCUCCCAUGGCUCCAUUAUGCCACUGUCACCUCCUUGGAAGUGCUUUAUCUGUUCUCAAAAGCCUGUAGUGGAGGCUGAACAACUUCUGGAGGAAAUCUAGGGCUCUUUGGGUUUUUUGAUGUGUGGUUUUUUUUGUGUGACCAAUAUUUGCACAGAAGAUGCGGAUGGGCAGUUUAAUUCCUUAAUCUCUGCAAGUGUAGUGGUUGAAUACAAUUCUCCAGCCUCUUUUUUCUGGGUUAAACUCCUCCUAGAUUAUUAAAGAUCUCUGCUGAUGAGGAUUUCUUUUGCUGACCCAUUGUAUCCUGAAAUCUGGUGCUCAAAACUAGAAGUGGCCUUCCAGCAGAGAUCUUCUCAAAGUGGCAUAUAGAAGAAGGAUUUCUGUUUUGUACAUCCCAAUGUGGUGGUUUUGUUUUGUGUUGGGUUGUUUUUUGGCAGCAAAUAGUUUUCAGUUUGGUCUAUGGUAACUAACCCCUUUUUCUCUGAUUCUUGCCCAUUUCCUAGUUCAGUCUGUUUCAGAAUCAGUCCCAGAAUGGCUGAGGUUGGAGGGGCCUCUGGAGAUCAUCCAGCCUUCCUCCAGCAGGCUCAGCCAGAGGAGGCUGCCCAGCACUGUGCCCAGGUGUGAGCAUUUCCACAGGUGGGACCUCUACAGCAUCUCUGGGCAACCUGUUCCAAACAAACUCAAGCCCACAUUUGACUCUUAACACCAAGCACUUGAAAAAUGGUUACAGGCCCAUGGCAGAGCCUUUCACAACCACUUUAGAUAAUCCUUUAAUUAUGACAGUGCAAUUUAAAUAAUUAUUUUGUGUACAGUGGGGUUUUUUUCCCCAAGAAAAUUAGGUAUGUCAACACUAUAUUCUUUCAUCAGGAUCAGACUUCACUGGUUUCCUGACAACAGCUGCCUUUAUUAGAAAUCAACAGCUUUAUUUUUGUACACAUGCACUGAGUAGAUCUUAGGACAUUGUCCUCAAAGCCAGAACCAGCUUCUUAAAACUGAGGCUCAGAAGGAAAUAAUGGAUUAAUUUAUUCUGCCAUAUGUCAGUUGCUAAUCCUGCAAUAUCUGAAUUUGUGUAAUUCUUCUUCCAAGACUUGGCUGGUAUCAAAAAAGGGGCAUGUUUCAGUUUUAAAGCAUCAGUUUUCUGGUAU